CUCUCAACUCCAGUGAGCUGCUUGUCUCAAACCAUAGCUUCUGAAGAGUAAGGUGUGCUGCUUUUCAGCUUACAGCCAUGGCUCUUGGACCACUUUUCAGAGUUUCCUGGAUUUGUCUGUUGCUGUGUGACUUCACUGUAGGAUUACCAAUCACAAGAGAGUAUGGAUAUCCAUAUUAUGAAGACCCAAGUUACCAACAACCUGGUUCUGGUUCAGCCACACCUCAACUAAACGCACAACGUGCUCGUGCGGUAGGGGGGCUUAUUAAUGGCAGCUCAACAGACUGGGUCCAGGAAAACCUUGAAACCCCACUUGAAUUUCCUUUAAGCCCCAACUACCCUCUGAUUGCUCCUGCAGAGUCAAAGUCUCCAAGCGUUGAGUCGUGGCAGCCUAAGCCAGCAAGCAAUGGUUCUAGUUUGGCUAACCAGAACAUCAACCUUGGCUCCCGUGAAAGUGGCUCAAGGAACAUCCCUCAUCUUGUUUUUGAAAACGUCUUUCAAUAUCCAUCUGAGAAUAUUGACACUUCCAAUACUGCAGGAGGGUAUGGUCAAGCUGCGGGCCAGGGGACUUCAACAGGAUCUGCUCCACCACCAAAAUGGCCCUCAUUCCCCAAAAACCCAGCAAAUGAAAGGGCCCAACAGGCAAAGCAAAAUUAUGGAAAGAUGCCAAAACCAGUUUUUAGCCCCAGAAUAGCAUUUGCUCCCCAGAGAGUGAGUGAACCAUUCGCUCAAAGCUAUAUAAGCCAGUCCAGAAACAGCUACCAGCGAGCAAAGUAUCGACAAUCCAACACCAGGUACUCUCCAAGGACCAAAUGGUAACCAACAUGGAUUUUUGAAUUGGAAGUUGCAGAAUGUGAUGUCCUCCCAAAGAAACAAAAUAAAACUUUUGAAAC